AUGUUGACCAUUGACACUGAGGACAUAGUUGUUGGAGGAUACCCAGAUAUCGUCGCCAUGUGCCAGGAUUUGCAGAACAUGGGCGAGCAAAAUAGUUUAAUCUCUCGUGCAAACCAUUUGCCCAAGGAUGUGUUGCUUGCAGCCAAUGAGAUUUGCAAAAGUUUGCAUGGUGAGGAAGGUCCUGAUGGAAAGAUUACUUUGCCCGCAACGUUCAAUGUCAUCAAUAUGAUCGGUUGGAAAAAGAGUGAAACCCAACCUCAGCCUUUGGCCAGAGGCACGGGCCAAGUCAAUCUCAAGGAUAUCUUGUAA